AUGAGACCUCCACCUCGCCGAGUUCCGCUUCGCGUACAACUCCGCGUACCAUACGUCCCUCCGAACGACACCCGCCUUUCUCAAUUUCGGGAGGGAACCGGACCCGGUACGCCUAACAGACCCCGCGGAGGCGGCGGCGACUUGUCGGACCCCCAUCAGUGGGGCCAGCGCAUGGAGCGCAUGCACACACUGCGAGCAUGGGUGGUGGAAAACUUGGAGGCCGCGCGGGAGGCCCAAGCACCAUGUUUCCGCGAAAUUGGCGACCAAAUUCCACGGCCCAUACACUAUCGCGAAGAUCUUGUCGCCGAUCGUGUACGAGCUGGCGGACCGGGCGGGGAUUCUCGCGGGCAAGGUGCAUGUCAAGGAUCUCAAACCUUACCGCGAGCCCUUUGGUCCAUAGGCGCCGAGCGAAGAGCGAGUGCCGUGGCGAGACACCCCGCCGCCGAGGCGGCCGAGGGACACCCGGGAGGAGGGGGCGGCGUGAUGGAGGACCGCGCCGCCUUUAACCGGCGAUGGGGCCCCCUGUACCGCUGGAUCCUGCAGGAGUACCCCGGGUUCUGGGAGGCCCUCCGGGGGGAGAUGUUCCGGCAGAUGAGGGGACCCGACGGCCCCGGCCGCGUGACCGUCGCCGACUGGCCGGAGUCGAUGGAGGCCGGGUCGCAGACGGAACCGGUCCCCCGCCGGAGUCGGGGCACCCAGGCGGACUGGCCGGGGGCCUGCACCGAAGACGUCGCGACGCAGACCGAGUCGGGGGAGGUGCGCCGGACCCCGCGGUAUAGGGACGCGGACACCCAAACGGAAGGGGGGCCCGCGGACCGCGAAGAGCCCCGGCCGGAGGAGGCCGCCAGCCGACCGCCGUACCCGCCGCAAGCCGCCGGCGAGGAUAGACGGGAGACGACGCGAAGCCCGCCACCGCUGCUGCCGAAGGAGGCCCCGCCACCCAUAGCCCGGGAGAGUGUCGACAG